CCAGCCAGCCACCCCAAAAAUGAACCAAAACAAUUCGUUUCAACUCCCGCUCCGCACGUGCCCCGAUCGGUCGAUGUUCAUUUCAUUCAUACAAAUCCCCGGAUUGAGGUGUAUGCUGUCAGUUUCAGCCCACUCUCAGCUCACGCUCUCGCGGCUACCAAUCGUUGUGCCGCCGUCUUCGGGUGGCGUUCUCUUCUAUGCUGCACACACAGCAGUGGCAGCGUUCAGCUGUUGGUAACCUCGCCGCGGCUAUGCUCUUUUCUCCCGGUUCGCCGAUGCAUUUCGGUCGUUCGUUCUUUGGCCCAACAUGCGCAACAUGACCCACUGGUAUUGUUGUUUAGUUCGCGUUGAGCCGUGAAGCAGUGCGUACACGACCGGGGUUUCGUUACGCGUGUUCUCAACCAUUUCCCGGUUCGAAUAGCGGUGUUCCUCUGGUGGCGUUUCUCUUCCAUCCUGCCAGCAUUCGGCGCAACGUGUGUGAAAUACUACUGCUCUUCUAGGCAGGAAGGCUGGCACGGUCGGCAGGACGGACGGUGCGCUAGGACAUUCACAUUAGCCGGGGUGACGUCGGGCGCGACCGAGACUCCGGAAUUGCAAACGAGUUUCGCGUAGGGGUGGCUCCGUCGGGGGUGGCCAACCAGUUCCGGAAGAUAGUGUGCGGACUUCCGGUUGCUGUAUUUUUGCUUUUGUGCGGAGUGCGAAUGAGCAGGCUAAGCCAGUGAGUGUUCGCGUCUCCAGACGGUGUGGAAGGAGCAGACCAGAAGAAGAGGCAAGGUACAAGGCGGUGCAAGUGGAUCCUGAAAUAUACCACCCACCUCCGGCAAGCGCUGUGAAAACUUCGGAACAAUGCGAAGAUCCUUGUUUGGCGCGGUUUGUGUGCACUCACCGCCCAACUGUGUCUCGCGAUAAUCGAAUCGAGGGGAGAAGCAUUUGCAAAAAGUGAAAUUUAAUAAUAUUUCGACAUUUUGCACGUGGCGAAUUUGUCGGUGAAUCGUUUUUGAACAGGAAUUCGUUCGAGUGCAAAAUGUGUAGGGGAGCGGGAGUGUAUGUGAAUGCUUUGAAGAACGUGUAGAUCCUUGCCACGGCAGCGGAUGUUAGAAGUGAUUGCGGUGCUCAAAGUGCCUGGAUUGAGAUGUAUUGUGAUCCAGCACUCUGCCGACGCAAAAAGUCUGAAGAAUCGAAAAGUUGCUGGCAGCUUGAAUGAAAAUUUAUUUAUUCAUGUUUCAUCAGUUUGCAUUCGUUAGGCUCAAUUGGGUGGAAGAAGUGUACGAAAAAUGAAAUAUUGAAUAAAUUGCUGAUAAUACUUAUCGUCUCGUAAGAAGAUAGACGAAACGCAAACUGGUGUUUAUCAUGCGGAGCGUGAAUCCUGAGCACAGAGCAUCGAUAAACGAUGCAUCAACAGCAUAUUGGGCGGUGGUGGGUGGUAGAGAAAAGCUUUUAUCGUAGUGGAAUAGAUUCUGAAGAGCAGCCAACGAAUUUCAUCGGAGUGCACUUGCGAACAUAUGAGCAUACGCCGGUGUGUACCCACUCACCCACACUCAUACGAGAAGAGAAGAAUUUCCAACAAAUUAAUUAAUAUCGAGCGAGUGCAAAAACUGCAAUCAAGGUGUUGUGCAAAAACAAAAGAAAACAAAUCCCCGUAAUCAGUGAAACAAUAAGAGUGUAACAGCAGCAGUGAGUGCCAAAUAAACACACAGGAAAAUAUGUCACAUCAUAAAUUCGUACCGAAGUCGCCGGCAGCUACGAAAACUUCCAACAAAGGCAGGUGAAACAAUGAAAACGUCCCACCCCACUGGACAACCCCGUUGUCCCAAGUGAACACAGUCAAAGCCAAAAGAAAAUUUGUGAAAAAGUCAUCAACGAGCUUAAAUUUAAAACGGAACAAAAAGAACCGUUCCCCAAUAGUGCACAUAGCUUUUAAUCGGUGUCGUGUGAUUGUGUCUUGUUGCUCUGUUUGUCUUCUUCGAGUCAGGUGAGAAAUUUUCCGCCUGUCGGACAAGUCGAGUCCCAGAAUUUAAAACCGCAUCACAGGAUUGGCGAAAAAAAAACACUCUCCGCUGGGACAUACUGGGCGCCGCCGUUAUGAAGCGAUGAAGAUGACGACGUCGAGCUGCCCCGGAAUCGCUUCAUCCGGGCGGAAAUAAACCACAUCGCGCACCGGACAUCUGACGGUUUCAAUCUCAACAACGGGGAGAAAUUACAGUGAGAAAAAACGACCCUCACCAGCCAGCACCGGAAAUUGAGUUCGCAGAUUUCGGGUUGAGGCCUCCAGGAGAAAUUUCACGCAUCGUCAGGUUCGACGUGAGGACCUUGUACUUCCUCGUGGUAUGACCACUCCCGGGACACCCGGGACUGUAUCGGACUGCGAUGAAUAAUUAAUUGUGGCUCAUUUAUAAUGGACGGUGUCUGGACCCUGACUACAUCGGAAAAUAUUUAUUCCGAAGCAAUGCUCCCGUUUAAUUAAAAACCAAACAAGUGAAACAGAGUGAGUGAGUGAGCUCCAUCGGGGGGCUAGAAUCAGUGCAGUGGUUAGGUAGGAGGGGUUUGACAACGGCAGUGAGCAAUGAGCAGAAAAUGAAACAACGCCAAUAAAAUAUUCCGCACUUGAUCCAAACCCCCGCACAAUCCCCUCCACACAUGUGGUAAUCAUUUCGAAACAAUCACCACCCGGCCGGGCAAAAGUUCGACAUUGUGAAACGCCGUGAGAUGAAUGUGAUUGAUAGAUUCGGGCCAGCCCGUGGCUGACCACCAUACUAGGUAUUCCUCAAUCCCCUUCAGUGGAGCAAAAAAAAAACCGUUCAAUCGUCGUCAAAAUCGUUCGUCGGAUGAAUAAAAAAUUCACCGCCGUACCAGAUAUACCUGGUGAAGCUGGGGUAAAAGUGUGCCAAAGUUGAUCCGAUUAUUCGUUUGUGAGUCUGAUUGGGAAGUGCUAAAUUAAUUGAUAAUCAAGGGAAACCCGAGGCGUGUGUGCAUGAAUGCGAAAGUAGCCUCCACAACCAAACCGACGACCGGAGGAAAGUGAAGCGCGCAACAUAAGUGCCAACUUUGUGUUUUUUUUUGUCUCUCUCCAAAAUAUUUGUGCCUCAACCAACAACGGAGGAAAGUUGAACGAAUCGACACGCGGACGGAAAACAGCCGGGAAACAGUAGCAGCUAGCCAGCCAGUCGGCGGAAGAAAAAUGGUGGAUAUUAGCUCAAUUAUCGAGGGAUCCGUCAAGUUCCGAGACGGCAAAAAGUGGAAAUCACGGUGGUGUGUUAUGCGGAAACUAUCUCCAGUAGCAGAUUGCCUCCACCUGCAGCUAUACCGCGACUCCAAAGAUCGUUACAAAAAUGGAACGACCAAGGCUUCCCUCUCGCUGCAACACUUUUUGGGCGUUGAAUCCGGUUUCACCCUGGACAAGGAAUCCAACACGAUAGCAAUAAUCUGUCAGGAUGUGAUAGUAGUGCUCGCAUUUGACACCAGAGAAAGACUGAUACAGUGGCAGGUCAAAAUAUCCAACAAUUUGGGCGACGACUUGCAAUAUCUGGUGCUGGUCUCGUCGGCGCCUCCAAAGGCCAAACUGGCGACGGGACCAGCACGAAUGCACAUCCAGGAUCAUCGGUUUUGCCUGACGACGGGUGUUCCACCGCGGUUGACCGGCAUGUGGAACAUCCAACACCUAAGGCGAUACGGGGUAGUUGACAAUCGGUUUUGCUUCGAGGGUGGCUCAAGCUGCGGUAAGGGCGAAGGUCUGUACGUUUUCGUGACCGACCUUGGCGAGGAAAUCACACAUACACUCAAACUUGCAUCACAGGGUAAACUGGCUAGCAAGAAGCGUGCGGCCGCCAAAAAGCUUGCAGCUUUGGACAGUCCACGCAAGGGAGCAGAGUCUCGCUGCACAAACUACAACGACGAGAUCUGUACGGUUCACAUCGAGAGCUCGACUUGUGCUUGUCGAACACCGUACUGGCCGUCGACGGAGUCCAGAGAUCUGGACAGUAACUAUGGUUGUGGAGAUACGGCUUCCGUGUCCGAAGGGCACGACAGCAUCAACGACAUGGACUCAUUUCCAAGGAGCACCGUGGCCAACUUGGAGCGCUGCAUGAGUUGUAUCUCAAAACUGGGAGCUCCUUCAAUGUCUCGCAGCUCUACGGUAACCGGAACCCCAGGGGCAGUGGCACCAACUCCAGCGUGGCACACCAUAACCGAGCACAAUAACCACAUCAAUCAAUCUCACAUUUCGAAAACACCAGCAUUAGAUAGGAUGUCCCUUUGUUCCCAUGGUAGCAGUAACAACUCCGAAUACUCCAUCCCCCGACAAACGUGCGCUCCCAGUCAGCAAGGUCCCGAAUCGUGGUACGAGAAGGUCCCGGCUACGCAAUUCACCUGUAUGCACAAUCGUCCGACUUCCCCGUGUCAGUGUUGCCCUCCGGGUCGACCCCCAAAACCCAAAGAGAUCCCUCUACACAUAACAGCUCCCCUCCAUUCCGCCAUGAUGACCUGUAAGUCUCCCCAGGCGAAUAGUCACGUAGGACCUUACGAAAACUAUGACAUACCAAAAACCCCGGUUGCCAUCGACGACAAUAGCAGCACGGCGGAAAACUACGAUACACCUAAGAAAAUACAAGAGUACCUGUCCAAAGAGGCGAUCAGCAGCGGAAAGAGCGACGUCGGUAGCUACGGCAACUACGAUACGCCCCUUUCGCUGAGCAAGGCCGUAUGUGGUUGUUUGAAUGGAAGCGAACAUCAAGCGGUAGCUAAAAUGGAGAAGGAAUUGGAAGGCCCACGAGUCGACUGUACCUGUAAUCGAGUUAUGUCGUGGGCUGAUAACUGGAUCUCACUACCAUUGUGCAAACGUGGAAGCGGGAUAGAAAAUACGGGUGUCCAGAUCAAUAAGGUCAAACUUAGUGGAGAAGGUAAAAUGCCUGUGGUCGAUGCUAGUUCGGAGAACGCUAUUUAUGCAACCGUAGACAUGACUAAGAAAAUCCGACGGAGAUUGGAAGGUGCAUGUGAGUGCGAUAAGGAGGUAAGUGACAAUGUAAAAGAUAAGAAAAUGUCUUCGAAUGAGAACUACGAAGAUGUCGAAGUUCUUCCUGAAGAACUGAAAGCAAACUACGCUAAUCUUGAGUUUGAGAAAUCUCUUGAAAACUAUGAAAACUCCAAGGAAGUGCUUCAAAGAGCUGGUCUCUCUUUGCACGACUUCGAAGAAGAUCAGAAAAUUUGCCAUAAAUGUGGUCACUUGAGCGCAAAAACACCAGAACCCGAAGGAACUAGGGUCGACCCACAAAUAAACGACAAGCAGGAAAACUAUAUGAUGAUGGAGCCUGCAAAACUGAAAUCCAAAUUCCCGGGAUACAUACCGAUGUCUCCUGCGGCCCCUACAACAUCAAUCGACAUGGAUCCUCCGCCAGCAUCUCCAACCGCACCUCCUCUUCCUUUCAAAUCAGAUCUCUUGAAACAACGAAUGAAUAGAAUAAUUGGGGAAAAGUCCGCUAGUAAUCCAAGUCUUUGUGGUCCAGCAGUAGAUAGAAGUCGGAAGCGAAUAGACGAUGAAUCUCGUAUUCCAGGAAGUGCCAUGCUCAAAGCAACCACCAGUCCGUAUACUCGCAAACAGUUGCUGGAUCACAGCGAUCUGCUUCCAUGUGAUAAAAGGUUAUCUCCAAGAAAACGAUCCGCUUCCGCCGAAUCAUCCCGCUUUUUAGACGAAGGCGAGGAAGCCGAAAGCCCUCUCAGUGGAACCGCUUCCCCAAGUACGGAAACUCUACGAAAACCUUCCACCCCUACUUGCAAUAACGAAGUUCGGAGAUCAUCCUCACCUUGUGUCCACCGAGAAGCGGAGCCAUGUUCCGGUCCAGCCUGUUGCGAAAAGUCUGCUCCCAUCGAAACGGAGGAUGAAAUAUCCGCUUCCACUAAUCCUAGUCAAACCUCUCAGUCCGUCUACAUCCGAAGAUCCGAAAGUGUACCAUGCAAAGCUCAAAACCGCGACAGCUCUAGUUCCAACGAUUCAGGCGUUUCAACCGGAUCCCUCCGGCAACGAGGCACUGAUUUCACGGAGUUCGAACUACCCCUCACCACGGCCAUGUCCGCACGAAGGCAUCAACGGCACGUGAUACCCCAGCAGAGUUGCGUGCACUCCUCACUCCCGCGACGGUCAAAAUCGUUCGAUCCACUUCGGGAGUUAUCAUUCCAGUUCCAAAAGAUUCGCGUCCCCGAGAAAAGCACAUCAGCCGAAGCAGAAGUUCCCAUCUGUCCACCAAAGACGAAAACGUACCCUAGUCCCGACAUCAUGGCAGCAACCACUGCCCCGUACAUCGAUUCCCGAAGUACCAGCAGUGGCACGUCGGACAUGUCCGAUUACAUUGAAACCCUAUCGCUGUCCAGCCACAGCUCGUCGGAUGCGCCCGAAGGCAUGAGGCACAUCCGGCAGGCGACCUCGACGCUGCGGCCACGCUCCGGCAAGGAGUACCAAAACAUUGACCGAUCGAUUCUGGCGCUGACGCAGCCCGGCAGCGACGGGACGGCGAAACAUCCGGGAACGCCCUCGCAGCUGCGGGGGCUGCUGUCCUGUUCGGCCAACUACGCCAACAUUACGCCCGUUCCGGAGAACGCCGAAUCACCCAGUCCGGGCUACCAGAGUGGUAGCUCGCCGCAGGAAGCACAGGGACAACACUUCAUGUUCAAGAACUCAUCUUAGGUUCGCGAGCACCACAGCCCGUCAACAAAUGAAAGCAAUAAAGACUAACUUUUCUAAAUAUAAGUAUAACAAAACUAGAGAAUCAAAAAUACCUAUCUAUAUACACAUAUUAAAGAGAAAAAAAAAACUGUUGCAAAGAUCCUGUUUUGGACGCAAACCAACAAAACUCCGCACUUGAACCCGCAAACACUAGAGAAAGAGAACAUAGAAUUGUACACCCUCUGCGAUUGUUUGAUACCAACUGAACGAAACAAACAACAACCACAUUCAAUCUCGGAUUGUUCGAGUACCAACGAGAACCCCACAGGUACCAGGGGGGAAGUAAUCUUGAACGUCCGUCGGUGGGUACAGGGGAAAAAUCCCAAACAACAGACCACCCGGAAGAGACGUUUAUUUUCUUUCUAUUUGAACCAAAUAAUUAUUUUUCCGUUCUAUGUUUGCGCGCGACCUUUGAUUGCUUUUGUCUUCCUAUUCAUUGAUUUGUAACCUUUAGGGCAAACAUUGUCCGCCCUGCAUCUCGCUAGGGUGGCGAGUCCCAUUCUGGACCUGUUUUGGAUCUACUAACUCGGUGAUUCUGAAGCUGGAUGCCGGUCCAGCCACCCUACUGCAGAUUUCACUUAUCCUGUUGAAACUCCAGCGAGAAAGCCUCGGGGCCAAGGAUACACAACAAGAUCCUCACCACAUCAGACAAAUCAACGGAACGACACAUGGGAGAUUGUAUGUGGAGUAGGUCGUCGUCGUCGUCGUCGGAGAAGAGCGAAGGCAAACAAAAGAAAAUGAAGUAGGUGGCAGUAGGUAAGAAGCGGGCACGGUACCCAAGAAGGAUACUUUUCCCGAUCGCCCACAUCACACACAAACACACCUACAAACACACGGUUCUGGUUUUACAUCCAGGAAAAUAACAAGCAAGCGACCGGAAAGCAAACAUAGGCACCGACAACGGAGACUGCUUUCUCGAUUCCUCGGAGUUCUUAUGCCAAAUGGGAGAAUGUGCUGAGUGAUUACGAUUGGGGGACGGGUGGGCGUUUUUUCUCCGGUGGUGAGGAUUUGUUCGGACCAUGUGGAUAAGUGGGUGGUGGAAGCACAUCAAAUCAGAGUCUCGAAACUAAGAUAAAUAUGGAAUCCAAAUAGUGACUAUAUUUUCGUCAGAGUUGGUUCAAGGUAGGGAGAAUGAUUUCAUUUUCUUGAACGGUAGUCUCUGGGUGCUUUCUUUCACCAGGAAUUCAUUCAAGAAUCUCAUUAAUGUUUAAUUUAAGGAUUCACUCAGGGAAUCGUUUCAAAAUUCUUCUGGCAAUUCUGUCGAAGAUUGCUCUUGAGUUUUCUCUAGAGAUUUUGGAAAAAUCAUCAAUUUCUUUGGAACCGCUUACACGAUUAUAUUUUCAAAAAAAUCUCCAAAAAACUCAGAAAUUCUUCCAGGGAUACCUCCUGAAAUUCCUUCAGGAGUUCCUUCAGAAGUUCUUCCAGAGAUUCCUCAAAAAUUCUUCCAGAGAUUCCUUCAGGAAUGCUUCCAGGGAUUUUUUCUGCAGUUCCUCCAGGGACUUCAUCAGGAAUUCCUCCAGGGAUUCCUUCAGGAAUUCUUCCAGGGAUUCCUUCAGGAAUUCCUCCAGGGAUUCCUUGAGGAAUUCCUCC